ACGACAUCGGUAUGAAAUGGCAGAAAGUGCUUGUGUCACGGAAGCACAAAGAUUAGGUUACGUAGUACACAUGUAUUUCGCGGAGAUCCGGGCCUGCUAGAGUCGGGGAGACGGCAGCGAGUCCGCGGGAAUUAACAGGAAUAAAAUAAUCCGGUUUUUCCUCCCCAAAACAUUCAGGUCGCUUAUUUCCAGGGAGCAAAGCGGCGACUGCGGCUCGACACUGCUGGAAUUAAUCGGAGAGGGGUCUUGAGAGGCAGAGCUCCACUUGGAUGCCCAAACCGCGGCGUUGGUCCCAGACUUCACCAUGAACCGAAAUAAGCGCGAAAAGGAGUACUACAGUUUAGACGUCGGCGACUCCACUUUCACCGUUUUAAAGCGCUACCAGAACCUCAGACCCAUCGGAUCCGGAGCACAAGGAAUCGUCUGUUCAGCGUACGACCACAACUUGGAGAGGAACGUCGCCAUAAAGAAGCUGAGCCGGCCCUUUCAGAACCAGACUCAUGCGAAACGAGCCUACAGAGAGCUGGUGCUCAUGAAAUGUGUCAACCACAAGAAUAUAAUCGGCCUAUUAAAUGUAUUCACGCCACAGAAGACGCUGGAGGAGUUCCAAGACGUGUAUCUGGUGAUGGAGCUGAUGGACGCCAACCUGUGCCAGGUGAUUCAGAUGGAGCUGGACCACGAGCGGCUCUCCUAUCUGCUCUACCAGAUGCUGUGCGGCAUCAAGCACCUCCACGCCGCCGGCAUCAUACACAGGGACCUGAAGCCCAGCAACAUCGUGGUGAAGUCCGACUGCACGCUGAAGAUCCUGGACUUCGGCUUGGCCCGGACGGCCGCCACGGGCCUCCUCAUGACCCCCUACGUGGUCACCCGCUACUACCGCGCCCCCGAGGUCAUCCUGGGCAUGGGCUACCAGGCCAACGUUGAUGUCUGGUCUAUUGGCUGCAUCAUGGCUGAAAUGGUCCGGGGUAGUGUGUUGUUUCCAGGCACUGAUCAUAUCGACCAGUGGAACAAGGUGAUCGAGCAGCUGGGGACGCCAUCGCAGGAGUUCCUGAUGAAGCUCAACCAAUCGGUGAGGACCUACGUGGAGAACCGACCGCGUUACGCUGGCUACAGCUUCGAGAAGCUCUUCCCCGACGUGCUGUUUCCUGCAGACUCUGAACACAACAAACUGAAAGCGAGCCAAGCCCGAGACCUCUUAUCCAAAAUGCUGGUAAUAGACGCGUCCAAACGGAUCUCGGUGGACGAGGCUCUCCAGCACCCGUACAUCAACGUGUGGUACGAUCCGACCGAAGUGGAGGCGCCGCCGCCGCUGAUCACAGACAAGCAGCUGGAUGAACGAGAGCACACGGUGGAGGAGUGGAAAGAGUUGAUAUACAAAGAAGUGUUGGACUGGGAGGAGAGGACGAAGAACGGCGUGAUCAGAGGACAGCCGGCUUCUUUAGGUGCAGCAGUGAGCAGCAGCCCCCAGCAGCACCAGCACCACCCCUCCACGUCCUCCUCCGCCUCCGCCAACGACGUCUCGUCCAUGUCGACCGACCCCACCCUGACCGACACCGACAGCAGCCUGGAGACGGCCAGCACCACCACCGCCGUUGCCGCCGCCGCCACGACCAGCGCCGCCGCCGCCACGGCCCCUGGCCCCCUGGGCUGCUGCAGAUGACUAUCAUCAGCUCCACCUCCUCGUCCGGGGCUAGGCCACGCCUCCUGGUCGGAUCCCAGACCGCAUGUCCGACACUGGCUCCUCCUGGCCCCGCCCCCGUCUCUGACUCCGCCCCCUCCUCCUCUCUGCUUGUCUUCAGUAGUGUAGCGUUUAAGCCAGUUUUCGCUAGCUGUUCGAGACAUUUUUCUUUUGUUUUCUGAAAGGACGAAUAUUUGCAAUUUUUUCUUUUUAUAAUUCUAGUCUUUUUUUUCUUUUUUUUUGUAGAUUAUCUUUUGACUGAGUCUUCGCUGUAAUUUAUUGUGGCAUUUCUUAAUUUUUUUUUUUUUUUUGAAACCUAAGAAGAUGAGAACUUUUAUGAUUUCACUAUGUCCCGGUUUGUAUUAACCGACGGUGAGAAUUUGAAAGAAAAUACCUGUAAAAUGUUUUAAUGUGAUCUAUUUUUCUGUUCAAAAUCAUUUCUCUCACUUGUAAGCUACUGCUUUUACAACUCGCCAUAUAAGUGUAGACUGAGUUUGUACAGAUUUUACUGUAGAUGUACUUUUUUUUUUUCCUCUUCAAUACAAGUUUGCAGUGAGCCAUUGAAACAUUAUUUAAUUGACAAAUGUAUGGUCUUAGUACUCCCCCGGUAAUACUUCCUUAUCUAUUUUAUCUCACAUGGAAAUGGAUAUCGUUUUUAAAUGCAUAUGACAUAUCCAUUGAUUUAAACUGAGAUCAUCUAGAUUUAUUUGUACAAAGUGAGCUGUUUUCUCGUGAGUCACUACUACUUCCUUCGUUGUAAAAUUUCCGUUUAACAAAAGCUUUAUACUUUGCUCUUUACUCAGUUCCUGUAUAGUCACCACGUAAUCUCACAAACGCUGAGAUUUCCACUCACCCCGGUGUUGAUAUGAGAAUCUGACUUUUCUUUUUUGCCUGAUUUUUACCUUCUUCUUUUUUUUUUUAGGAAUUGGUAAGCUAUGGGAUUGAAAUGGCACAGUUAGUCACUUAGUUAGUUAGGUUUUGGAACUUUUUUGAUGACUUUCUUGAGUUAUUUUUUAAGUGCUUGAAGUACCUCUUCCUCUUGUGUGACAUUAUGGAGUUGUACUGGUGGAAUCACUUUGAUUUAAAAACAAAACAAAACACACAAAAAAAAUAUCAGACCGCAGAAAAGCAUCGCCGGACGCAAAGUUCCUCUUGCUUUCUCUGCGGGUCAGACGGCUUGAUUUGACGGUGAGGUGUUGUUGUCGACGGUAAAAGACUCGCGGGAUGCGUUGCGUUGUCGUUGGAGAGAAAGGUCGAGUUGUAAAGGCGAGGUUGUGGAAUCGGUUAAGUUGUGAGUAGAAAGUGCUUCGGUCAAGUAGGGCGGUGUGAUACCGAGAAGGCUUGUGAACGUGUUGAUGUUUGGUGUGUUUUAUGGGAUGGAGAUGGAGAUGGAGAUGGAGAGCGACUCUGCGGCCUGAUGGAACAAUGUGAUUUCUGCUUAACCACCACGAGAUCCUACUAUUAGUAAUGUUACUACGGUAUUUUUGUGAAUUUUCUGCCAGGUUUCAGGUGUGUCGAAACGUCUUAGUAAAUUUGAAAGUGGUUCUUCAGAGAAUUGGCCAAACCCUUUGCCAACCAGACUUGCCUGCAUUUUGUGAAUAAAAACACGUUUAAGAAAAAAAAAGAAUAUAUAGCUAUAUAAAGCCCAGCAUGUUAAAAACGGCACCAGAACCCCAAGCUCAAAAGCGAACUGAUUCUUACUGUAUGCAAUAAUAGUGCCCUUCUUGAGUGUUUUGCUUUGAAAGGAAAAGUGCCUGUUGUUUGUCAAGCAUUCAUUCCUGAUUACGUGGGAAGACGUGUUCACCGUGUGUAGAAGGUUUUUGUUGUGUCCGGAUAAAAGCAACAGUUUCCAUAUCAUAAACCAACAAACAAACAAACAAAAAAUCACGUACGAUGCGGUUGUAGUUCUCACAAAUGUAUUGUAUAUUUUUCUACUGUUGUUGAUUUUGACCCUAAAGUUGGAGGCUGCAGUGUUUUGCAGGGUAUGACGGUGAUGACGUAUACUUUGAGAUGCUUUAGCAUGAGUUCGAGUCAUUUCAAAAGAAAGGGCAGUUUUAUCAAGGUCUUUCAUCAAAGUAAAUAAAAAAACAAACAAACAAAAAAGUGUUUCUUUGCAGUGACAGCAACCGAAAUCUAGGUUUCAUAAUGGUUUUGUGGCUUUACUUUGUGUACAGAUUAAAUGUGAUGAUUGUAAUGGAGAAGAGUGAUCAGAAUAGCCCUCGUUUUUUAAAAAAAGUUCUCGAUGGAUGUCAAAUCAAACGGUGCAGAGCGAAAUGGAUGGCUGCUUUAUCGGCAGUAUCGCGCGGUGGUAUCUGAGAACGUUCGCCGUUGAAAAGUCGUCAGAUUUGGGGUUUUAGUCGGACAAACAUCCACUGGAACCGGAGCCGCUCUGGAGGCAGGAAUAAUCUCGUUGGUUUAAUUUUACCUCAGUGGGUGGAGCCAAAGAACCAAAGUUUUCCUGGCUAAGCAACCUUAGAUCAAAACUCUAGAUUUAAACGUGUAAAGUCUAGCAAUCCAUCUACAAACAGAAUAAUGCCAACUAUCCAUACUUUGUUUUCUGGCUCGGCUAGCUAGCCUUUAAACAACAUCAGUGUCAUGAUCAUGAGUGAAUGAAGAAGAAGAAGUCAUUGCCAUUUCCGUUUUUUAUUUCUAUUGUGUCAAAUGUUCGUUCUUUGCCAAGUUUUCCUGCUAGCUGACUGAAACACAGUGUAAGGAUACCCAACCUGAGCCUGUUGAGUUGGGUCGGGCCGGGUUUAGACAAAAAUUAAGAAAUUAUGUUUGGGUUCAUGCUCAUAUUUCAGGCGGUAAAUGUAACCUAGCGAUGGUGGACAAGCAAAAUCUCAGGCUUGAGUCGGAUUCGGACACAAAAACAAGAAUGCCUGUCAAUGUCGGGUCGGGCUCGGACAAAAAUAUACGACCCGAUCCGAACUCUAAACUCAACCAGCAAGAUUAUUUCUGCCUCCAGAGCCGCUCUGCCCCUAAGAAAUGUUUGCGCUAAACUAAAACUUCAGUUUGUGAAAAGCAGAGUAGGAAUGUACGAUGUUACGUCACGUAUUCAGAAAGAUGCGUUGUGGACACUGAUAGCAGAAGCCUAACCAACACUGUGCUUGGAUUGUCUAAAAAACAAAAAAAGUGUAAUACAGUACUGUCUCUGUCGAACCUCUCUCGGUCUUUGAUGUAGACUUUUUCCAGAAAGCUUAAAGUAAAGUUACAAGGAGAGAUUGGCUUUCAGACGGCUCGGUCGCAGCACAAGCAGAAGUUUUGUUCGUCGGCGACUUGUCUUUGUCUGCCAGACGUGGACGGCUGAACAGAGCCACUUUCUGCUCCGUGGUUUCCAAACGCCUGCUGCAGUUUGGCUUCAUGGCUAAGAGGUGGACGGCUGAAUCUGCAAGGAAUAAUUUGGUCAUUUGUUGGUCAGAAGUAGUUUUGGUUUGCACUAUACUAACUUAUAUCUAGUUCAUGAGGUUUGUGAACAAAACAUAGAUGUAGGAACAUAAUUUCCGGCACAAAGACGGAUUUGCGGGCUGGAAAAUUAGCUGAUCAAUCUAACGAGGAGAUUAUUUAAUUUUAGAUCAUGACAGCAAAGUGAGGUGAGAUUAUUGAGUGUUUUACAAGAUUGCAUGGUCCACUGCUUCAUGCAUCGAUUCUGCACAUUAGCACUGCAAAAAAAGUCUUUUUUUUAUUGAUUGACUGCAGAAUCGAAUUAGUGUAUUGCAAAACAAAACGCGGUCUAAGAUAACGAGUUACCAAAUCCUUGCAGAUUCUGCCAGAUGGAAAAAGUAACGUAAAUUAUUAUUAGUCUGUUUUUCGGUGCAGCAGUAGGCGAGUUCUGCAAACCCGGAGUAAAAAGUGAGACUUCAGCGACGCCGACAUCUGCAAGAAGACGUUAAAAACCAGGGAAAAUCACAGCGAUUUGUAUCCGUUUGUUUGUAAUUGCUAAAAAUACAACACAGAAUAUCAAUUAGAAAAAAAAAAUUGUUGUUUUAAAGUGCUCUUAAUUUUUCUUCAUCCCAGCAUGGUAGGGCUUUAAUUGGAGUUAGAUGGGUUUUUGUUGUUGUUGUUUUUUCUGUUUAGGUUGUUGUUGCUUUUUUUUUUUUUUUUAUUAUUAUUGUUAUUACUGCAUUUCUCCAAACGAUGUAAUUCUGAUUUCAGUCAGCUUUGAUGAACUACCUCACGCUGAAUUUCUGCCAGUUCUUGCAUAUACUUAUUCGCCCGCAGAAUUAGCUAUCGAAGACGUGUGAAUAACAGAUUCCAUUAUUUAUUUAUUUGAAAGUGUACUAUUUGUCAAUUUCAGCAGACUUCUAGUUUUGUACAUUAUGUAUACUUCACCUAGAAGUAAGAGAAUUGUUAUAUGUAUUUUUUGUUCCUUAUUUUGUUUGUUUUGUUUCUUUCUUUUUUCUUUUUUUUUUUUUUUUUUUUACAGUUCAUGUGCAAUACCUUCGGCAAACUGUGCUAGUAGUAAGUGAUGGGCCUAGCCUUCGUUAGCUGUCUCCUGAAGGUAGAGAAAAUGUUUGGUACUGUCAAUCCAUGUUUUUCCUUUUUUUUAUGAAUAAGAUCAAUUUUUAUUUCUGUGACUUGUUUAUAGUCAUAAUGUUACGUAAUCAGUCUUACCCACUGAGUCGAAUCUUGUGGCCAGAGGUUGAAACGGAGACAGGGGAGUUCUUCGGGUCACACCUGGCCAGCGGAUUUCGAUUCGGGUGUGCGGUAAGGCCAAAUAAUGUUAAUAAACACAAAAAGAUAAGUAAAUACCUACAAAAAAAAAUGAAAUAAACUCGUUAUAUGUAUGGUGCUGGUUUGUAAUGUUUGCUAGUGAAUCCAGCCAUGCAAGUAGUUUUAAGAAUUCCUGGCUCUGCGCGUCCCAAAAACCGCAACCAACGAAGAAGUGCACUACUAGAAUACAUGCACUGGGAUCUGAUGAUGCCAACUCUUUAAAAAAAAAAAAAAAAACAUGUACUGCAAAUAAAAGAAAUACACUUUGA